ACGAAUGCUGUAUGCUAGUCAGACACCGAUCCAUUCAAGUUCCCGGUACCGGCUGAUCAUUCGGAUUUCGGAUUCUUCUUCGCACCCCUUCGCAUGGUUACCGUCGAGUCAACCACUGAAAUAGUUUUCCCCACCACUGUGCGAAACGUGCCGAAGUUCACAUGGCGAAGACAAUAACAUUUAUUACGGGGAACAAAGAUAAGCUCCGAGAAGCUCUGGUCAUCCUCGGGAGUUUGCCAGGAUACAGAAUAGAAAACAAAAAGUUUGACCUACCCGAGUUGCAGGGCGAGCCAGACUUUGUGUGCACAGAGAAAUGCCUGGCAGCAUCGGCAAAAUUCGAGUGCCCGGUACUAGUGGAAGACACCAGUCUCUGUUUCAAUGCCUUGGGCGGGCUUCCCGGAGUGCACGUAAAGUGGUUUGAGCAUAAGAUAGGGUGCGAAGGGUUACACAAACUUCUCGCUGGUUUCGAGGAUAAGAGUGCGUACGCGCUCUGUACGCUCGGGUACCGUGAGAGCAUGCAAAGCAAGGUUAAGCUUUUUUGUGGACGUACGGAAGGUACAAUAGUUGCUCCCCGAGGAACCCAAAAUUUUGGGUGGGACUCCUGCUUCCAACCGGAUGGCUACGACAAGACCUAUGCAGAAAUGAGCCCUGAACAGAAGAACACAAUAUCCCAUCGAUACAGAGCACUAGAAGCUCUUAAACAAUAUUUAAUGGCAAAACAAUGAUUCUCUUAACAUUGUAAUAUAUAAUUAUAUAUAUGUGGAAGUGUUUGGAUUAAAAGGGCAUUUUGGCACA